AUGCACCGCAAACAAAAGAUGAUGACCCAGCCAAUUACUCAAGUAUUUGAGUACUUGAAGCAGGGUUGCAGAAUUCAAGUUUGGCUGUACGAAAAUACGGAUUUACGGAUAGAAGGAAAUAUUCUUGGUUUUGAUGAAUAUAUGAAUGUUGUACUAGAUGAUACAGAUGAAGUUUAUGUUAAAAAAUCACAACGAAAACGAGUUGGAAGAAUAUUAUUAAAAGGAGACAAUAUUUCUCUCAUUAGAGACAUCACCAACGUCAAUGUAGAACAUCAAUAG